CUGGCGCCGUCGGUCAGUCCCCUGCCGCAGCUCCAGGCCCAACCCAAACGCCGGUUCCUACCGCACGAGGGCGCCCCAGGCCUGCGCCCUCGGUGACCCUAGUCUGGGCGCGCCUGGGAGGCCCGGUGGGAGGGACCGACUGAGUUCCCAGUCCCGCACCUCGGGGGCCCCGCUGCUUCCGCCAGUCCCUGGGGCGUCCCAGGGAAGCCUGGACGCCUUGCGUUGGGCUCUGAGCAGCCGGUAAAUUCCUCUUCUCAUCCUGCCAAUACCCCGGUUGGUGUGGCGACAAUGCAAUUGGCUCCUUUCCCUACUUGGGGCGAAAGCAGUGAUCCCUAGGAUGGCCCCUCUCCCUUCCCGGGCCAGCCCAACCUCUGGGGCCGCAGAGGGAGGGCUCCCGGCGGCCGUCUUGAAGCAACUCCCCAGGGAUUCCAACUUCUACAGCCACCUCGGUCCCCAAGGCGUCCGAAGGGUGGAAAUGACAGCGUCAGACUGGCUGACAAACGGGGAGAACCUGGCUCCAGCCGGGCUGCGGGACCCCCGCCUUCCCCUUCAUCAGAGACAAGAGGGCCCAGAGAGGUUUAGCCGCCAUCCGGGAUCACACAGCCAGCCAGGGCUGAGAUGGCAACCCACCCUGGUCCCGCUGAUCACCGCCUCUUGGGACUUCUGUGCUCCCUCAGACCCCGCCUCUUCCGGAAUCUUCUGCUCCUGUUGUGGACCCUCCUGAGCUGUGAUUUGAGGGGUACUGCUCAGGGUCCCGGGGAAUGGACGCCCUGGGGGUCUUGGAGCAGGUGUUCCAGCUCUUGUGGCCGGGGCGUCUCGGUGCGCAGCCGCCGUUGUGUCCGACUUCCCGGGGAGGAACCUUGCUGGGGAGACAGCCAUGAAUACCGGGUGUGCCAGCUGCCGGACUGCCCGCCAGGGGCGAAACCCUUUCGAGACCUGCAAUGUGCUCUCUACAAUGGCCUUCCCGUUCUGGGUACCCAGAAGACCUACCAGUGGGUGCCCUUCCACGGAGCACCCAACCUGUGUGACCUCAACUGCUUGGCUGAGGGCCAUGCCUUCUACCAUAGCUUCGGCCGCGUGCUGGAUGGCACCCCUUGCACCCCGGGGGCCCAGGGCCUCUGCAUAGCAGGCCGUUGUCUGCUCCGCCCACUCGCGACGCCUGCUCCGUCUGGUCACGCCCCCUUCCGCAGCCCCGCCCAUUCUGACCCAGUACCCUCGCCCCCGCAGAGAGCUGGCUGUGACGGGCUGCUGGGCUCCGGCGCCAUUGAGGACCGCUGCGGCCAAUGCGGUGGCGCCAACGACUCGUGCCUCUUCGUGCAGCGCGUGUUUCGCGACGCGGGUGCCUUCGCCGGCUACUGGAACGUGACUCUGAUCCCCGAGGGCGCCAGGCACAUCCGCGUGGCCCAGAGCAGCCACAACUACCUGGCGUUAGUGGAGCGCGAUGGCCGCUAUGUGAUCAACGGCGACGGGGUGCCCAGCCCACCUGGCACCUACGAGGCCGCGGGUACCCGCGUGGUCUACACCCACGGCGUGGGCCCCGAGGAGACCCUGCAGGCGUCCGGCCCCACCUCCCAGGAGCUGUUGUUGCAGGUGCUGCUACGGGAGCCCAACCCAGGAGUGCACUUCGAGUUCUGGCUGCCCCGGGAGCGCUAUGGUCCCUUUCAGGCUCAGGCGCAGGCCCUGGGCUGGCCCCUGCGACAACCUCAGCCCCGGGAGGUGGAGCCUCAACCUACCGAGACCCCUGCGGUCCGGGAGGCCAUCCCUGCUCGGGAUGCACCAGACCCCUGCGGGCCUUGCCCUGACAGCCGGGGCCGUGCACACCGGCUUCUUCACUACUGCAGCAGCGACUUUGUAUUCCAGGCCCGUGUGCUGGGCCGCCACCGCCAGGCCCAAGAGACCCGCUAUGAGGUGCGUAUUCUGCUCAUCUACAAAAACCGCUCGCCGCUGCGCACUCGAGAGUAUGUGUGGGCGCCAGGCCACUGUCCUUGCCCAUCACUGGCUCCCCAUCGAGAGUACCUGUUGGCUGCCAGACGAGUGGUCAGCCCUGAUGGCACACAGGACCGGCUACUGCUGCCCCACGCUGGCUAUGCUCGGUUCUGGAGUCCUGCAGAGGAGAGCCGAGUUCGCCUGGCUGCCCGGCGCUGUCCAGUAUAAACCCCCGGAGGUCGGAGCCUCAUCAGGUGUCCCUGCGACACAGUGACUCAGGAAAAUCUCCCGCCUGGAUUAUUUUGAGACAGGUUCUCACUGUGUAUAUAACCUUGGCUGCAUAGACCAGGCCGGCCUCGAACUCACAGAGGUCCACCUGCCUCUGCCUCUCCAGUGCUAGGAUUAAAAGCCGGCCUGCGUCAUAUCUAAGAACUUUAAGGACCUCCAAGAUCCUGGCUACUUCCAUCAAACGAGUUUGGUCCAUUCCUUCUAAAAUUACUAUUUAACUUUUACAAGAACUUAGAAAAAGAACAAAUCCCUUCCCUGUCACUUACCAGCUGUACAGGCUCAGGGACACCCCAGUAAAGUGGCUGUCACUGUGCUCAGACAUGCUCAGACACACCCAUUCCCAUCUUUUCCUGACACCCCCUGCCAGUGCACUGGACCCAUUAUGAGACCAGCACAGGACGGAUGAGAGACUGGGAGCACACAAGAGAAUCGAUGACCCUCCAAUCCCGCCCUCUUCAGGCUUCUCACAUCAGCCACUCAACAAACCUGUCCCCUCUGGGUCCUGUCUCUGUCAUAUGGUCUAACCUGUCUUCGGUGACCAUCCAGGUCUGGCUGGGAUCCAGAGGUCAGCGGACUGUCAGCUUUACCCUUGCUCCUCCACAAGAGCUCCUCUGGCCUCUAUCCCAAGUCCUCAGUUUUACCAUCUGUUAGCUCUGACUGUGUGCGGGAGACCUGACAAGUCGUGGGGAAGCAGUGCUGUUGUGGGAAAGCAAUGGGUCACUUUGUUUGAUGGUUAUGUGAUAGUCUUUUGUGGCACCGGGGUGCAGAGAGCACCAAGAACCUCUCCCACAUCCCACACAGCGUGUAGCUGGGGUCUACAGGGAUCUGUUGGAUCCUAGCUCCCCCUGGUGGCGGAACCAUGAAUUCCCAGGCGGGAAGAUGGUCUGCAGGGGCCAGUCCAGAAGGCCUUGGGGACCUCACACCCACCUAUAACGGCUGCCCAACCUGACACUAGAGUCCAGAGCAGGGUCAUCUCUGCUCGGGUCCUGGCGCUGAGCCCGUACACAUGACAGCACGGGUAACCCAGGAGUAGUGGGAAGGCGUAGGUGGCUGGUAUUACUGGCGCGUGCCAGGAGCGUGAGGCCUGGCUUUUCCCCUGGGUGCUGCAGUACUGCCCAGACUGCUGAUUCCAAUGACAGACAGGGAACUGUCCCCCAAAACGCCAUUCACCUCAAAUUUGGCUCUUUGUGGUAGUCAAUAAAGGGGGAUGUUUUAACUUGAAAACAUUGAGAGUCAUUAGUAAACGAAAAUGAAGACCGCAGGAAGAUACCUUUGCUGGCCCGGGCCUGGGAUCCCAGCGGGGAGGAGGGGGAUCACCAGGGUCACCUAGGAAGCUUAAGGAGAGCGUCUCAAAAUAAAAAGUGGACAGUCAGGCGGUGGUGGCGCACGCCUUUGACCCCAGCACUCAGGAGGCAGAGGCAGGCAGAUCUCUGUGAGUUGGAGACCAGCCUGGUCCACAGAGCGAGUUCUAGGACAGGCUCCAAAGCUAUAGAGAAACCCUGUCUUGAAAAAUAAAUAAAUAAAUAAGACAGAGGGCCUGCCAUUGUGGCGCAGAUGGUAGAGAGAUUGCCUGGCAGGCAUGAGAACCUGCGUUCAAACCCUAGGAGCCAGGAAAAGGCUGUGCAGAGGAUCCUGGGGCUGAUGGCCGGCUUAGCCAGGCCCAUGGCUUCCUAGUUCAGUGAGAGUCAGUAAGGUCUCACCUAGCCUAGGCUAGACCCUGGUGUCCCCUGAUCCUGUCCUAACCCAUACCUGGCUCCUCUGUGGUUUGAAUUAAGGGGCCAGGUUGAGGAGCAAUCUGGCCUUGACAGGAGGGCCCCUCCUUUCCACUGCCUCAUCAAUGGCUGACCCGGGUGGGUGGGGCCCACCACAGAGGGGAGGAGCUAUUGCCAGUUCCCUUUUGCAGCCCCCCCCAUCCCCAACUCUGAGCAAGCUGGAUUCCCCCACACCCCUACCGGCCCCUACCCACCCAGACCAUACUGUAGUCAGAUCAUAUUUUCAAACCAGCUGCUGCAGCCCAGGGGACCGGCACCCGGGGCUGGGGGAGGCUAAUUAGUGGCUGCCCUGGAAGAAUCCAGAGCAGAAACUGAAGUCCUCCCCAAGAUCUCCAAGUCACUGUAGGUCCUCUGCUCCAGGGACAAGGGCUUUUCAUUUUCACUGCUCCUCAAACUUGCCAGGUCCCGUCCCCCUCCCCCACCGUGCCCAGGGCUUUGCACCUCUGCCCUGGGACCUUUGGACAUCAGCUCCUAUGACCCCUGGCAAACAGCAGUCUUCUCAGUCUUACUUCUGCAAUGAUUUGCUGAAAUUUAUUUUUAUUACCUUUUUUUAAAAAAAAUUCUUAAUAUGCACAUCAGGCUAGCCUGGAACUCACCACAUAAUUAGUCCUGGCUGGACUGGAACUGCUAUGUAGAUCAGGCUAGCUCAGACUCAAAGAGGUCCUCCUGCCUGUGCCUCCUGAGUUCUGGAAUUAAGGACCUGUGAUACUACACCCCGCCCAAUACUUCUGAAAAGGUCUCAUGUAGCGCAGGCUAGUCUCAAAUUCUCACUGUAGCAGAAGAUGACCUUGAACUAAUAAAUGCAUUGAGCCCAGUAACCCAAGUUUCUUACUUCCUCCUCCUCCAUUCGAAUGCACCAAGAUGGGGGCAACCAUUGACUGCUCUAAGAUGUUUCAUUUUCUGGAAACUGUGUUGGAGGCAUAGAGAGAGGCCACACGUCCCUAGCAGAGCCUUGGGAGAGAUUGGGUUACACAAGACAAAGUCACCCCAGGAACAACUCGGUGACAGCAUUGUGUGCAAAUACAUUAGGGUUUAUGUCUGAUCCCACUGUGAUUUCUACUGAAUAUUCCAAUUGAAGAGCUAGGGGUGGAUAGGCCAGCGAAAAUGAGGGGUUUGAGGCAUGGUCAGGUUGGAGCCCCGCCUAGAAUCCCCAGUGAGGGGCCGGGGGCGUGGCCAGGAAUGGAGCAGUGGUCCAAUACUCAGAAUCCCUGGAUUCCAUCUGAGGACUAUGAAAAUAAAAUCCAAUUACCAACUGUCUCGGUCUGUGACCCUGGCUGUCUGCAGGGUGCGUCUGGACCUGGCCGGUUCCACACUGGUCCCAUGUGCACAGCCCAGCACGCCACCUGCCUAGGCACAAGUGUCAGGUGUGGCCAGAGCUGUCCUCUCACCUGCUUGUGUGGAGAGAGAGGAGGGAACAGACUUGGCCCUAAGUCUAUGACGGGAUGGGGGUGACUGAUGUGUGUGUGGCUAUGUGGUCCCUACUGAGACAUUCCUGCCUGAGGGAGGGAGGGAGGGAGAGAAAGAGGGAGGGAAGGAAGGAGGGAGGGAGGGGUAAACUGGAAGAGAACCAGAGGAGGGAGGCUCAGAGACCAACAGAAGGGCCAGGAGUUAUGUUGCCAAGGAGGACCCCAGCUCAGUUCCCAGCAUGCACCUUGGCGGCUUCACACCUGCAACUGGUGCC